AUGGGAAGUAAGAUAGCUUUGCGGGUUAGUUUUUAUGGCGUACUGCUUUAUGUGGUGCUGUUGGGUGGACUUUACUAUGUAAUGAACCGAUCGGGGGUGCGAAUGAUUAAGCGCGGGGAUCGGGUGGAUGGUGAGUCUUUGGUGGUGGUAUCGAGUGAGGACGUGCGUGGGGGUAUGGGUGAGUGUCGGUGCUUGUUGGGCUGUCGGUGUAUGGAGAUGUACAUGCACAGUGUAGUGAGUAAGUUGGCUCCGCAUCAUUGUCAGGUUGAUGUGCUGGUGGUGCGGCCGUACGAGAUAGAUAUGAUGUUUAAGUACGGCGUGACUAAAUCGCCUUUUCUGCGGCUGCGGCCUAAGGAGUAUUGUUGGCGGCGGGUUAGUUUAGGCCUGACGGGAGCUAAAGUACUGGGGUUUAUUGGGACAGAGAGUGGUCGUAUGCUCUAUCGGGUGUUAGGGGAGUUAUCAGGGGUUGUGUCUUGCUUUUUGGGAGGUUUGUGUUUGUUACUGGCUUAUGGGCCCGUGCUUUAUUAUCGCCACGAACUAGUGAUGUAUCGGUGGCUGGCCCGUAUGGGAUGUAAAAGCCGGCAGCUUGUCAUAGAGUAG